AUGGAUCCAGCCCAGCUCGCUAAUGCCGUCACCGAGCGGGUAACCAUUCCUGUCUUGGGCGGCGUUGAAAACUGGAAGGAGCAGCUUAAGUUUAUGCUCCAGACUCUGAGCAAGCAGCCAGGAUAUCUUCGUACGCGCUGGGGGCCAUGGACUGAGGAUCAACAGAAGCUUGAGCUCAUCACCGGUUGGGUCAGUCCGGAUGCGCGCGAGAAGUGGCAGAGAUCGAAAGACUUCGCCGAAGCAAUGGCCCGGUUCGCGCCCGUACUAGACGGCGAGCCCGCGGCAUACCUACUCCGAUUCAAGCCUUACGCACCCCACGCCGUUAUCAACUCCCCCAUCGUCGAAACCCUGAGCUUCGAAGACUGCCGAGAGUCCGAGAACAGGAUGCGCGAGGUGGUCGAACGAGCAUCCAGGAUGCCGGGCUGCAACGGCGUGGCAAGCGGGUAUUCGCUGUGCCCACCAAGCUCAUCCUCCGGCGACAGCACCGGCAGGACGUUCGUCGCGGCGAUCGGGUGGACGGGGCUCGAGGCCAGCCGCGCGGCGGACAAGUCGGCGUACACGGGCGGUAUGAAAACCGAAGUCCACCACGUCAACUUCAAUUUUCCUGUCAAAGGAUUUGGAGGAUUAUAG